AUGCGUCAUGACUCGAAUAGUAUUCCUAUGGUCACCAAAUGGGGGUCUGAGUACAAGGACCCAGGUUCAAAACCUCUUAUCAACCUUUCACAGGGAUCACCCGGAGAACAACCGCACCCCUCGCUAAUCGAACGGUUAAGCAAAGUUGUACAGAGUCCCGUCGCGCAGCAAGGUGAUACCACCAUCUCUGGAGGCUCGGAUAGCGCCGCAUAUGGGAACGUGCGUGGGGAUGUGGCCAUGCGGAUAGCCCUGGUUGGGGAGAUGAAGUAUGUGUACGGAGGAAAGGAUAAACUCGAUGUAGACGUUCAAGUUGAAGAUAUCGCCCUAACGGCAGGGUGCAAUGCGGCGUUCAUGGCCGCCGUGAUGGUGGUUGCAGAGCGAGGAGACGAGGUUAUACUGCCCGUGCCUUGGUAUUUCAAUAAUGAGAUGACAUUGCGUAUACUUGGCAUCGAACCCGUGGGACUUCCUGUAUCUGCCGAGAGUGGAUUCUUGCCUAGUGUCGAACAAGGCGAAUCAUUGAUUAACCCUCGCACAAAAGCCAUCGUACUUGUUUCUCCAAACAACCCAUCAGGUAUUACAUACCCCACAUCGACUAUAAGAGCUUUUGCAGAUCUUGCGGUCAAACAUAAAAUCGCAUUGAUCAUCGAUGAGACCUACCGUGAUUUCGUAACACCCGGGCCUCCGCACGAUUUAUUUACUCCAAAGGACAACUGGAGCUGGCGUUCUAAUGUCAUUCACCUGUUCUCGUUCUCCAAAAGCUAUCGUGUUCCAGGACACAGGCUUGGCGCAUUGGUGGCAGACAAGAGCGUAGUCGAUGAAGUCAAAAAGGUUCUUGAUUGUAUACAAAUUUGCCCAGCGCGUGCACUGCAACUAGCACUCGCGCCUCUCCUGCCAAGUCUACGUCAAGAUCUCGCUGAGCAGUCGGCCGAGUUUUCCAAGCGACAUCAGGUGUUCCGUGACACGCUCAAGGGGUCUGAAUGGGAGAUUGGAGCAUCUGGUGCCUAUUUUGCGAUUCUCAAGCAUCCGUUCAAGGGCGUAUCCAAUGUUGAGAUUUCCAGACGACUAGCUUCCGAGUGUGGUGUUGUUGUACUGCCUCUCACGGGAUUCGUUCCUUCGAGUGAUUCGUCGUGGGACAGCUGGUUGCGUGUGUCUGUUGCUAAUGUAGGAGAGGAAAUGAUAUACGAAGCAGCUACUCGAAUACGCGAUUCGGGCAAGGCGCUGGGUAAAGUCCCCAUUGGCGGUACACUCCUGUAUCUGGACAUAACUCUGAAUGUUGUUAGGCAAUGGAAGGUGUUGAUGAUUGUCCAUCACCGGGCCAUCAAGGGUAAGCUAUUAGUAUGGGAGUGGAAGGUACACUGGACUGCCUAUACAUAUCUAUCUACUAUCGGGGGGAGGCCAGAGCAACGGAUUGAAUCAGACAAUGUCCUAGAAUACGAGAAAAUGACUCGGGACCGGUCCGCCCGGUCGUUCGCGUCUCACGUGUAUGAAUUGUAUAAAUCCUUACUUCUGACGAUCACCGGCUGUCCGAGCACUGCUUCUCAACUUGCUGCCGCUCGUGUAUUACGAGAUUCGGUGCUGAUUAAGCGAUUGUACCUAAUGACCAUAUCACUCCCCCACACCGUUCCUCUCCCGACUGUACCUAUACGAAUGAACAGCCGAUACUCUUACCAGAGUGCGCCUUAUGGGCAACAACAACAACAGCAAUUUCAACCUGGCCGCCAGCCCACGAUGAGACCUGCGGGAGGCCCUGCUGGGUUUGUCGGCGCAGGACCCAAUCCCCGGCCCCCUCAAGGAGCAGACCCUCAACUCUGGAACUGGUUCAUAACCGUCGAUGAAGAUAGGUCUGGCCAGAUCACCGCCACCGAACUGCAGAGGGCGCUUGUGAACGGAAACUGGAGUCCAUUCGACCUGGACACGACCAAGAUGCUCAUGGGAAUCUUUGACGUGGACCACAGUGGAUCGAUAAGUUUCAACGAAUUUGCUGGAUUAUGGAAAUACAUUGCUGACUGGCAAAACGUCUUCCGCCAUUUCGACUCUGACAACUCUGGCACGAUCGAGGGACAUGAGCUGGCCAAUGCUCUGCGCCAAUUUGGUUACAAUCUUUCGCCUCAAUUAAUUAGUCUCAUCGCCACCAAAUACUCCGCUCUGCCUGUGUCCACAGCCCCAGGCGCCCCGCCCCCAGGCAUCUCGUUUGACCGCUUUGUCCGAGCAUGUGUGGCGAUAAAGACCCUCACCGAGGCUUUCCAGCGCCUCGACACUGAUCGGGAUGGAUGGAUUCAGAUCAAUUACGACACCUUCCUUUCGACAAUGUUGAGCGCACCAUGA